CAGAAGAUCGAGCGACCGAUGUUAUUUCAAUAAAACAAACGGUCGGUAUACAAAUAUAGUGAUAGUUUGUCAGUUUUAGUGAUCGAUCCGUAGAAAUCAGAAAAAUGAAGUGUGUAUUAUUUACUAUGGUUGUUGUUCUCGUUUGUAUGACCGUUCGUGCAACAAACGACAGAACAGAUCACAUGUACGAGGGUUUAGGAACUAUUUUUAAUAUUAACGAAAACGAAGUAAUAGCAUGUUUCAACAAAACGGGAGCAACAAGGGAGGAUGUACGGGUAUUACAGGCGUCGACACCUCACGGAUUUGACCUACCAGAGAACCAACCAAGUGUAAAAAAAGCAGUCUGCGCUUUGGUCUGUUGUGCACAGAAACAAGGCACCAUGGUAGGCGAUAAAAUACAAGCGCCGAUAAUACAUGAUCUGAUUAACAAAUCAGAUAUGCCGAUAGAAGUGAAAGGGGCAGUUAAUGCAAUUAUCACCGAAUGCUCCGAGCAAGUGAAAGGACUCACCGGCGACUGUAACGUUGGCUUGCGAUUUUUCACUUGCUUGACCACAUUGAGCGAGUACUUCGGGUAUUAACGAACUAAACUCGUAAUUUUAUUUAUAUGUAACGAAAGAUCGUUCUUUCUUUCAAUCCCCCGCCGUCGGAUGUAAAUAGAAAAUAUACUGUUACAUACAUAGAAGUAAGAAUUUCACUGAACAUCCAAGAAAUAGUUAAGGUAGGCACUUGAAUCUCCACAGGAAGAUAGUUCCAAAAACGUUUACUUAAAUUAGCGAAACCGACAGAAUAUCAUCUGUGCUUGCGCAUACACGAUUUACCUUGUACAGUAUAAAACAAUAAAUGUUUGUAGUAUUUCUGAGAAA